AUGAAAGAAGAUGCAACUAAAUUGAUCGCCGACUCUGAGAAGUCACCUAUUCAGAAGUCUUCAAGUACUCGUGAACCAGGCCAGUUUGGAAGAGCUUCUGUUGGCGCUUGUUUAAGUCCUAUGUUACCUCAGAAAUGCUUAUCGGCAGACAAAUUGCCGCUUGUGGACGAAACCUCAGUAGGCUCUGAAGUAUCAAAAGAAGAAGAGGGUACAUCAAGUCGAAUCAUGAAGUGGUUAAGGUUGUCGCCAAAGAAAAAGGAAACUAGGCGGUCGUCAUUGUAUUCUUAA